AAAACAGCCGAUUUUUGACAGCUAUCACGACACGUAAGUGCAUCAAACAAAUAUUUCCCAGUCUUAUUUACGUAAAUUCGUAUUCCUACUUCAAACAAUAAUGGGUGACUUCUCAAACCCUGAAUUAUACUGGAAUAAACAGGCCGAAGUGCCCUUACAACAGGGCUACUACGAACAGGAUUAUCAGCAAUUUUCCAACCAACAAUUAGAUUUUAAGUCAAAUGAAGAGUAUACUGCUGAAUAUGCGAAUCAAAGUUACGGCCAACCGUAUCCCACAAGUUUCUACAAUCCUAAUGAUUAUGAGGUGCCAAAGAUGGGAGAUGAAGACCUGGAUGAACCGCCGUUACUAGAAGAGCUAGAAAUUUACCCGGAUCGAAUUUUAGAGAAAGUUUUGGCAGUUUUAAACCCUUUAAGGGGUCACAGUUUAGCCGACGACGCCGAAUACCUCACGAAAGACGCAGACUUGGCGGGCCCUGUCUUUUUUUGUCUUGCCUUAGCCAUGCUGCUCCUCUUGGCCGGUAAAUCGCAGUCUUUCGGUUACAUUUAUGGUUUUUCAACGAUCUCCUGCGUGCUCACUUAUUGUCUUUUAUCACUGAUGACUAGUGCAGAACAUGCAUUUACUUUAAGUACAGUGGCAUCGAUUCUGGGUUACUGUCUCAUCCCCAUUGUUGGGUUGAGCUUUUUGGGAGUUUUUUUUAAACUGAGCGGCACCGUGGGGAUCAUUUUGGCCGCGGCGGCUGUUUUUUGGGCCAGUUUUUCCGCUUCCAGGCUGUUUGUAGCCGUGUCCGGAGAUAAACAGCAACAGCCCCUGAUUAUGUAUCCUUCUGCUUUGGUUUAUGGAGUAUUUGUGUUGUUGGUUUUGUUCUAAGUAUAGUACUUAUAUAAGAAGAGUUCGUUUAAUGUGGAAUAUAUGUGUAUGAUACUA